CUUUUGCUUUCUUCAGGCACUCGGGGGAGGAGGUGUUUGCAUUUCUCUGCAGGAGCAGCUCGUUUUGCAGAGCAUUGUCUGGGGAUGGCAAAUUCCUUCACGGCCGGGACCUGGCCCAUCCCCUGAGCAAAGCAGCCUGGACAUGACCGGCAGGCGAGGGAGGAGGAAUUGUGAUUCCCUCCGGAGGCUCCGACCCCUCCCUCCCCCCCUCCUCUCCUCCUCCGGCCGGUGCGAGCCCGGCGGGGGCAGCCCGGCUCCGGCCGCUCCGUUCCCCCGGAGCAGCUCCGCGUCCCUCCGGCCCCGCCCCGGCACGGCACGGCGGGAUGCAGCAUCUCCAGCACCGGGACGGAUCCCUGCUGCAAUGAGGUUUGAGUCUUGACAUGAAGACAUUGACAAGAAGACCUGCAGAGAGUGUGUGCUUCAGCCCUAAUUAACUGUUAGAAGCUAAGCUUGACUAAAGAUCAAAGUCAAGAGACAAAGAUGGCCAUCUGUUGGAAGAACUGCUUCUUCACUCUCAUAUUGCUUCCCAUGGUUACAGCAACACAUUCUAACUGCAUAAUUAAAAAGGAGCAAGAAACCUGUCUGGAGAAAAUACGGAGGGCUGCUGCUUUGAACCCUCUUAAUGACUCUUCUCCAGGUUGCCCAGGAAUGUGGGACAACAUUACAUGCUGGAAACCUGCAAGUGUGGGUGAAAUUGUCUUUGUCAAGUGUCCUGCUCUGUUCAGAUUUAUCAUCUCUGAAGACGGUUGGGAAGUAGACAACUUGGGGCAAACUCAUGCAGGUGAUUAUGACCUGCUGGAAAGCACAGCCGAGACUCCCCUAGGGGACAUCAGCAGAAAUUGCACUGAAGAUGGCUGGUCUGAACCUUUUCCUCAUUAUUAUGAUGCCUGCGGCUUCGAUGAAAAUGAAACAGAGUCAGACAACCAGGAUUACUACUAUCUAUCCGUGAAGGCGCUGUACACAGUUGGAUACAGCACAUCCCUCGUUUCCCUCACCACUGCCAUGGUGAUCCUGUGUCGUUUCAGGAAGCUUCACUGCACUCGGAACUUUAUCCACAUGAACCUCUUUGUUUCAUUCAUCCUACGUGCAAUAUCAGUGUUCAUUAAAGAUGGAGUUCUUUAUGCUGAGCAAGAUGGCAACCACUGUUUUAUUUCCACUGUGGAGUGCAAAGCAGUGAUGGUGUUUUUUCACUACUGUGUCAUGUCCAACUACUUCUGGCUUUUCAUUGAGGGGCUGUACCUUUUCACAUUACUGGUAGAAACCUUCUUCCCAGAGAGGAGGUAUUUCUACUGGUACACCAUUAUUGGCUGGGGCACCCCGACAAUUUGUGUCACUGUCUGGGCAGUGCUGAGGCUUCACUUUGAUGAUACUGGCUGCUGGGACAUGAAUGACAACACUGCCUUGUGGUGGGUGAUCAAGGGUCCUGUGGUUGGGUCAAUCAUGAUAAACUUUGUGCUUUUUAUUGGCAUCAUUGUGAUACUUGUGCAGAAACUCCAGUCACCUGACAUUGGAGGCAAUGAAUCCAGCAUUUAUUUCACCCUCCCUCUUCCUCCCAGAUGCAGCUGCAGUCCAUGCACAGGACACAUGCGCAGCUGCGUUCAGAAAUGCUACUGUAAGCCUAAGAGGGCUAACCAGCACUCUUGCAAGAUGUCAGAACUAUCAACCAUUACCCUGAGAUUGGCUCGCUCUACACUACUGCUUAUCCCCUUGUUUGGAAUUCACUACACGGUGUUUGCUUUUUCUCCGGAAAAUGUCAGUAAGCGGGAGAGACUAGUGUUUGAAUUGGGACUGGGAUCUUUCCAGGGUUUUGUUGUUGCUGUUCUCUAUUGUUUCUUGAACGGGGAGUUUCUCCCUAAAGGUGCAAUCAGAAAUAAAGAGAAAAUGGAGGAGCUGGAAAGUCAACCGGUAUUUUGCUGUGGAUUUCAAACAUCGUCAUCCUUCUCUAGCGAGCAGCGGAGUGAACGGGGGGACACAACUCUCCAUUCUGAGCAAGAGCAGCUCUCAGAUUCGGAUGUCCAGCAUAAAUGCGGAGAAUCUAGCGACAUGAGCAGCUAAGGAAAACAAAUCAAUCAACAAGCAAACCAAAAACCAUCACUUUAAAAAGAAAACAAAAAAAAAAACAACAUCAUUUUGGUGGUGGUGUAGGCUUCCUUCCCUUCCCUUCCCUUCCCUUCCCUUCCCUUCCCUUCCCUUCCCUUCCCUUCCCUUCCCUUCCCUUCCCUUCCCUUCCCUUCCCUUCCCUUCCCUUCCCUUCCCUUCCCUUCCCUUCCCUUCCCUUCCCUUCCCUUCCCUUCCCUUCCCUUCCCUUCCCUUCCCUUCCCCUUUCCUCUCCCUUCCCUUCCUUCUUCCUUCCCUUCCCCUCACCUCCCUUCCCUCUCCCUUUCCCUUUCCUUACCUCCAGAACAUUCUUGAUGUUUGUAGAGGUGAAAAAAGUGAAGGAAGUGUAUAUACGUAUCUUUUUAACAAUCAGUGUAAAUACACAACUGUACUCGAUGCCAUUAAUGGAAAAAUAUUUAAAAGAUAAAAACAGGCCAAGCCCACUUGCUCAGUGAUAUACAUUUCAGAGCAUCUGCAAGUAAUCCGUUGUCAGUCAAAAGUAACAAGUGAUUGCUGUGCAGUUUUGAUCUUUGGUUGCCAAACCGAUCCUAAUUCAUGAAUGGACAUAAUGGUUAUUUUUCAAACUGAUUUUCAUUUAGUUUUGUAUUUGCAUUCUUUUUCUUCUAGUCGAACGUAUCUUAGCCCAUCAUCUGACUUUUGGCAUGUGAAUUUCCGCAGUGUUUCUUUUUUGAGUCUUAGGAUGGAGCUAACAUGUGUGAGUUAAUCAUACCAGCCAGUUCAGGAAGAACACCAGAACAUUAACUUCGUGGUUGGAUUCAGUCAGAUGUACUCAGUGGGCUUAAAGGAACUGCUGUGCCAAUGUAAAGCUGUACAGCUGUCAUCAGUCAAUGGGGAACUCCAGGCAAGACCAAUGGGAUCAGCUGACUUUUUCCAUACCCAAGGAUGCUUCUGAGAAUGCUUUAUGUUCUAGCUAAGCUGUGAGUUUUCUAAAAGGGCCAUGUAGUUGAGAUAUAUCUAUAUUUUUGGCAAUGGUUGACUGAGAGUUGAUUGAUGGAUUGACUGAAUUAUUUGAAUAAUAAAAAUAACCCUUCCUUCCCACCUUAAGAACAAAAGUCAGUUCCAAGACAGCGUUUCCCUCCAGAUAACCGUGAACCUUUUGCAUCCAUGUCCAAACACAGCAUGUUUUUGUGUAGUACUGUCACGCGUCGUGGUGCCUUUGCAACCUGGCUGACUUCUCCGUGUCCUGGUUCUUCUCUGCUAGAGGCACGAGAGGGAUCUGGCACAGUCAUCCUGGAAGGUAACAGUCUGCUUUUGCUGAGCAAUCAAACUGAACAGUGAAACGCUGUGGAAAGAAAGGAUGAAGCCUUUGGAUGACUUCCCACAUCUGACGUUUUUCUCUCUCUUUGGAUAAUUUGUUUUAACAUUGAUGUUCUUACUGUUUCUCUUUGAAAACCUAAAACAUUCUUUCCAACUUUGCCUUGUAGUUAAAGCCACGACUGGUGCACAUCUACUUCAGUCAAAUGUUGAUGAUGUCAAUUCUUAACGAGUCUUUAUACAGCUCAUAAAGGCUUUGAUAACCGUACUAGCUCUCUCUUCAUUUUGGAUUUAUGAACUGAUAUAUAUAUCUAUAUAUGUGUGUGUGUGUGUGCGUGUGUGUGUGUGCAUAUAUUAAAAAAAAAUGAAAAUGACAUUUUAAAUGUGAAGGUAUGAACUGGAACUAAUAGUAACCAGGGAAUUUAAAAUUCAGGCUUGUUCUUUGGAGCUUGAUCAUGGGAAAAACGGAAAAAAAAAAAAGAAAAAAAAAAGGAAAAGCGAAUGGUUACUAUGUGCUGGAGUUUUAAUUUCACUGGUUUUUGUUAGUUUGGGUAAAAAUGAAGUUUUAAUGUCAUUUUAAGUACAGGUUUCUAAGAAUAACAAUAGUUUCCUUAUUUUUUUAACAGGAAAAAAAAGGUCAGAAAGUUGCAAAAGAAGUGUUAAUUAUAAUACUUAACUCUUACAUAGUGCUUUAAGGGACAUACUCUGCUCUUGGUUGUAGCAGAGUAAAUGAAUGUAAAAAUAAUUUGAAACAGGCAGAAGUGUUGAGAUUGACUUCACGUCAGUACAGGAUCAUACUCCUUUAAGACAUUUGUGUUCCAGUCAAAUGCAAUCUACCCUGGCACAGAGGACCAGCAAAAAAGUUUAAAUCGCUUUACUUACACCUAAAUGGGAGUUAGAUGGUACAAAUACCUUUUCUGCAAGUCUUGCUGCUCUGAGAGCAGAAUCAUUCCCCCUCUUCCAGACCAUGUGCAAAAAAUCUCUGAAGUAUUUUCGCUGACAGAUCAGAGUUUCCUGUCCCAUUAGAUUCUGCUAAAAGCUAUGUGAUAGAGUUCUCCAAGGAACUCUUUGCAUGCCAGAAGGACACUGAAGAGGAAGAAUGGCGAAGUCGGAUCUAUCAGGUAAAUGAAUAUUUGGGACUUGGGAAAUGAAUUAUCUAACAUUAGAUGAGCAUAUAAUAUUUAGUUUCGUAUUUUCUGUAGUACGGCCUUUCACUUAAGAGUUACAUUGACAAUAUUGUGAGUAUAUUAUUAAAAAAAAAACAAAAACCCUGGAAGUAUUUUGCAUGAAUAGCUGGUGGCUAAUUUUCAAGCAUUCAUAAAUUCAAAACUUUUUUGG